AUGUGGAAAGAAGCUAUUGGAAAAGCAACAAUUCGGCAUGCUGAAGAAGAAAUUCAGCACAGGUGGAAUAGAGAAAUUCAGCACAGGUGGAAUAGAGAAAUUCAAUUCGACCUACAGAAUACACUUCCUCUAGUCAUAAAUUUGGGAACAAAUGAUGUCGACGGUAGCGAGGAGGAGAAGGAAGUUGUUGUUGAAGAUGAUGAUGUUAUUCCAAUGAUUCACAGAAUAUCGUGGUCUUGGGCGGUAUGCUCGUUCGCCCUGCUGGCAGUGGCGUACUCCAGGGGCGACCCCUACGAGUACAACGUCACCUCCUACACCCGCAACCUACCCGACGAGAUCCGACCGAUCGUGAGUCGAGCCCUGAGGGUGGAGAGGGCGGCGACGCACCCCAAUUUCAGCAGCUCGGACUGUCACCCCGACGACCAGAUCUCGUGCCCGCCCAUGAAAUACCGAAGGCCCUCGGGCGAGUGCAACAACGUGCGCCACCCCAAGUGGGGCAACAGGGGGUCGGCGUUCCUCAGGCUGCUGCCGCCUAGCUACGCGGACGGAAAGUACAAGCCCAAGCAGUCGGCUAACAGCCAGAACCUCCCCAGCCCCAUCGACGUGGCCUCGACCCUUCAAAACAACCCGGCGCCAGCGCACGAGUCGGUCACGGCCCUUCUGGGGGCGUGGAGCGAACUCCUGAUGCACGAUCUGGCCAGCACCGGCAACCUGAAGAGCCAGGACUGCUGUAGCGAGAACGCGAGGAACAACGAAGAAUGCUACGGGAUGGUAGGUCAUGGGCAGUGCAGGGAAUACAUGAGGACCUUGCCGGCCGUGGACAUGGACGUAUGCAAUUUUGCUUACAGGAACCAAAUGAACCUGGCCACGGCCUACCUGGACGCCUCCGCUGUCUACGGCAACACCGACCAACAGGUGGAGAAGCUCCGCACCUACGACGCCGGCUUGGUGAACGUCUCCGCUUGCUCCUCCUGCCAGACCAACGCCCUCUACUCCGCCAUCCUGAGGGAGCACAACAGGGUAGCCGUCAACCUGGCUCACCUCAACAGACACUGGACCGACGACGUUCUGUUCUUUGAAAGCAAAAGGAUCGUCACCGCCGAGAUACAGCACAUUACCUUCAACGAGUACCUGCCCAUCGUCUUGGGAGAGGAAGCCAUUCUGCACUCCGAGCUUGAACUGAAGACCCAUGGACGCUUCUCUAAGUACUCCAGCGCUCGAAGGGCUGGAGUUUACAACGAAGUGGCUAUGACAGCACUGCCAGCACUUCUGUCAAUGUUACCGAAUAGUCUGAUGAACGAGACUGUGGAGUCCUUUGCCGAAAUGAUAGACAUCCUGAUAGCAACCCCCGGUCAAUCCCCCAGCCUGCACAUGAUGGUACCCCUUCGCCCCGACUGGGACACCGCCUCUCUCUUCAUCCACAUGGGUAGGGACCACGGUAUCCCUUCCUACCCCCAAUACGUACAAUACUGCAGCAACAAAACUUACCCCCUACGACUUACCUUCGACGAUUUGCGAUCCCAAGGGAUAAAGAACGAAUACAUAAAAGCUCUUAAGUACCUGUACUCCACGCCGGAAGACGUAGAUCUACUCGUUGGAGCUCUACUAGAAAAUCCUGUACCUGGAGCCGUGGUCGGACCCACCUUCAACUGCCUGCUAAAAGAACAGCUUAAACUACUCAAACAGACCGACAGAUUUUGGUACGAGAACGACCUGCCUCCUAGUUCCCUCAGUACGGGCCAGCUGAAGGAAAUUAAAAAAGUUACGGUGGCCGGUUUGCUUUGCGCCAAUACCGACGACCUGAACGAGAUACAACCCAAGGCUUUCGUGAAGGAAGACACUUUCCUAAACGCCAGGAUAUCCUGCGACCAACAUCCCCUACCGCAGAUGGCCGAGUGGUUAGAAAUGGACAGGAUGACCGACGUGUCCGAAGAAAUGCUUAUGGACGCGUUGGCCAAGGCCGAGCACGAGUUGUUGGAAAGGAGGAAGAUGGAAUAUAACGUCUGGAGCACAGUUGGAGGAGUGAAUCCUAAGUCUCCCCAAGGCAUGGCGGCCUCAUUCAGCAAAGCGAACAAGAACGCCCUCAAACUAGCGAAUUCGUCGCUGCUCUUCGAAUUCGCCUCGAACGAAAUCGUCAACUCCUUGUUACACCGUAGGAGGAAACGCCAGCUUUUUGAGAACCACGUGGUCGCGUCGAUAUUCCGCGACGAAAUUUCGGACGGCCUCCAACAGGUCGACAUCAGUGCUCUGAUACCGACCCAAACCUUUGACGUCGAUCUUCAGUGCGACGACAACGGUCCGUGCGAUCCCAGCGAACCCUUUAGGACCUACACUGGACAUUGCAACAAUCUGAGACACCCUGGUUAUGGAAAGAGUCUUACCACCUUCAACAGGCUGCUUCCCAGUGUCUACGAUGACGGAAUUUCCAAACCAAGAUCCAUAGGAGCCACCGGUCAGAUCCUCCCCAACCCCAGGGUGGUAUCGCGAGUGAUUCACCCCGACAUCAGCAACCUGCACGGCAGGUACACCCUGAUGACCAUGCAGUACGCCCAGUUCCUGGACCACGACCUCACCAUGACCCCCAUCCACAAGGGCUUCCACGAGUCCAUCCCCAACUGCAGGUCCUGCGACAGCCCGAGGACAGUCCAUCCGGAAUGUAACCCGUUCCCGGUCCCAUCGGGAGAUCACUACUACCCUGAAAUCAACAUCACUUCCGGCAAAAGGAUGUGUUUCCCCUUCAUGAGGUCCCUUCCGGGACAGCAGAAACUGGGACCUAGGGAGCAAGUCAACCAAAACACGGCCUUCUUGGACGCGUCGCAGAUCUACGGCGAGAACCACUGCGUGUUACGUCAGCUGAAGGGACAGCUGGGCAAGAUGAAUUACACGUCGCAUCCCGUCAAAGGGAAGGACUUGCUGCCUCAGAGCGACAAGCAUCCCGAGUGCAAAUCGGCUUCGGGGCAGUGUUUCAUAGCGGGUGACGGAAGAGCUUCGGAACAGCCUGCCUUGACCGCCAUCCACACCAUCUUCAUGCGCGAGCACAACAGGAUCUCCGACGAGCUGCGCAGGCUGAACCCGCACUGGGACGAGGACAAACUCUUCGAGCACUCCAGGAAGAUAGUGAUAGCCGAGAACCAGCACCUCACCUACAACGAAUUCCUUCCCAGAAUACUGGGCUGGAACGCCAUGAACCUCUACGGCCUGAAGCUGCUGCCUCAGGGCUACUACAAGGACUACAAUCCCAGCUGCAACCCCUCCAUCUUCAACGAGUUCGCUUGCGCCGCUUUCAGGAUCGGUCAUUCCCUCCUGAGACCUCACAUUCCCAGGUUGAGCCCGGACUACCAGAUAAUUAACCCGCCCAUACUGCUGAGAGACGGUUUCUUCAAGGUGGACAUCAUGAUGAGGGAGAACAUGGUCGACGAGAUCGCCAGGGGGUUGGUGUCGACGCCCAUGGAAACUCUGGAUCAGUUCAUCACUGGGGAGGUCACCAAUCACUUGUUCGAGGACAGGAAAAUACCAUUCUCAGGUAUAGACCUGAUCGCUCUGAACGUUCAGAGGGCCAGAGACCACGGGGUGCCGUCUUACAACAAUUACAGAGCACUUUGCAACCUGAAGAGGGCCACCAGCUUCGAAGAUCUAGCUAGGGAGAUACCCACCGAGGUGAUCGCGCGGUUGAAGACGCUCUACGCCAGCGUCGACGAUAUAGAUCUCUUCCCCGGAGCUAUGAGCGAAAGGCCGUUGCAAGGGGGACUCAUAGGACCCACCUUCGGCUGCAUCAUAGCAAUCCAGUUCAGGCAAUUGAGGAAAUGCGACAGAUUCUGGUAUGAAAACGAGGAUCCAGCGGUGCGCUUCACGGAGCAGCAGCUGGCCGAGGUGCGCAAAACGACCUUGGCCAAGAUCAUCUGCGACAACUUGGACGUCGUAGGUGACAUGCAAAGGGCAGCGUUCGACCUGCCGUCGUCCUUCUUGAACCCCAGGGUGCCCUGUCAGUCGCUGCCUUCAAUCAACCUCAACGCUUGGAAGGAAUCGGGACAAGGGUGCAUCAUUGGCAACAGGCAGGUUCAGACAGGGGAGUCCGCUUUCCCUACGCCCUGCACGAGUUGCGUCUGCACAGCGGAAGGGGGCAACUGCGCCUCGCUGAGAGUCACCGACUGCAGGCAGCUGCUGAGGGAAUGGUCGAAGGAAGCCGUCCUGAGAGACGAGGUCUGCACGGCGCAAUGCGGCUUCCUGCUCAAGGGCUCCCAGCUGCCCUCCUCCCUGGAGGGCGACUUGAACCCCCCGCCCCUGCGCAACGUGAGAGCAGGGGGCGGCAGACCCCCUAGGUACCCCACCACCACCUUCGAGGCCAUCGGGGGCUUCAAAUUCCCAGACUUAUCGGCAUACAUCGCGAAAUAGUCGGAGCGUCCUUGAAGACUGUCAAAAAUAUCGGUUAGUUGUUUUGUAAUGUGUCCAAAAAUUCGGCUGUCUCGCACAAAAUGGUCAGAGAAAUUGGCCAUUGGUGAACAUAAAAAGGAUAU